CCCCUAGGCCUUGAUAAGGGUCAUUAUAAAAUGACCUGUGCCCGGGUGGGCUAAUGCCCAUUAAAAAAAAACGGGUCAAUGAACAAUAUUGCACCACACCUCUCUUAUGUCAACAGCGCCACAGUGCCAUUGUGAUUACUGAGUGGCAGACGUCCCCGCCCACGUAUGUUUCAACAACUAAAUGGGCAGACAUUCUAAAUUUCUAAAACGUGUGAAUGAUCCUGUGGUACUCAUUAUUGAAUGUUUGUUUUAUACACAUAAUAUAAAGAAGCUUGGGUUAAUUGUCACUCUGUAAGAACUUUUAUCAGGUCAAUAAAGGCCAACUGUUUAACGUUAUGUGUAGAGUAAUGCCUGAAUCUAGCAUUAUAUUCAUUAUAUGUGCAUUAUUAAGUAGUUUAACAUAUGUGGAUAACUGAAGAGGGUAGCUGCAUGGAGCAAGAUAUACGUAAGCUGAUGAGUGAAGCAGAAGUUUCCAUGAAUGAAAGUAGUAGGAGAGUUAGAGUAGACGAAUGAAGCAGUAAGAAAGUGAGGUAGUUUAAUAAAGCAGCAUUGGGACAGUUAAUGAGGUAGUACUGUACAAACACUGCGACUUCUGUUUCGGUUAUGUUGCCAAAAUCCCUCAUCUGUUGUCAUAUUUUUUUAACACAGUUUUGUAUAGAUAGUCUUUUGAAUGACUGUUCAUGAGGAAUCUGAUAAAUGAAGCAGUAGAUUAGACAGAAACGGAAUGAAUCAGAAAAUUAGACAAAAGAUGAAUGAAACAGUGGAUUAAAAAGAUGAUGAUUUAGUCAGUAGAUUUGUUUAACAGUAGAUAAGCUACAAAUCCAACGCAGGAAGCGAGAAGGACCCCUCACGUGAGCAGUCAGGGAGCAGCCACCGCCAGUACCACACCCAUACAUACACUUCUUCAUUCCUCUACUUAGCUCCGCCUGUGUGUGUUUCAACACUUUCGAUUGAUACAUCUUCAUCUCCAUCUUUCAUGAAAUGAUGGUAGCGUACAUCGUUAUCCCAGUGGUGGUGCUGCUCACGCUGUUGUUGUCAAUAUUCUUAUAUUGCUGCUGUAAUAGGAGGCGCACCAAACCACACACCUUCCCCUCCGGCUCCACCAUCAGGAGUAGCUUCAGGCGAGCUUCUUACUACUUCUUAACUAACUUAGCUAACCCACAAGAUUUACGUGUCUCGGACUUAAUGCGGAACUUGACAGCCGUCAACUAUCGGAAUCGAGAAACCAUUUGCCAUAUCGAGAGUUCUAACAAGAUUGAAGAUCAAAUUGCCAGUGAUCCUAUGAUAAAAUUUUUGUUAGGACCUCCACUGCCCCAAGUUCCAAACCGGCCUCCGCCGCCGCCGCCUGCGCCACAGCACCUGAAGAGGUUACGGAAGGGCAGUACGCACAGAUCACGACGAAGUAAUGGCGCCAGUUAUUACCACUCUGUGAAGCGCCGCGCUUCCUUUUUCCCGGCACCCUCAUCACAGAAACACACCGAGAGUCAAAACAGUGAUAAGAGCAUCGUCCCCCAAAAGACAAGAUAUAAGAGGAAGAAAAGGAACAGUAAGCAAAUUUAUGCUAUAAAUUUGGAUAGGUAUAAAGACAGUCAUGGAGAGGACCGCAACUCAACCCAAAGGACGUCAACCAGCUUCACUAGAGGUCGAGAAAAGAUUCGUGGUAAGAGCAGUGUUACCAAGAAGUUACAUGAAUUUAAACAGAGGUCUUCAAUGGUUACGAAGUCUUUUCCUCACCUGGAUCCUGUCUCCCGAGUCUUUAACGAAGAGGGUGUGUUAAGUUGUUCAGCAGAAAGUCAAGUGGAAAACGUUCUCGAUUGCAAGUCUUCCCACACAUUGUUCACAGCUCAUCUCUACGAAUCCCCUUCCGUGUGGCAGCGCCCCAACAACGUCGUCAAUCCUCGGCCAGGUAACAAUACUUGGGAACCCACACACCUGAUGCCUACUGACUCACUGCCUGCCCCGCCUUUCGAGUCACCCGAGCUAGUCGCCUCUAUUCUAUCCAAGACGCCGUUUAUACCCUUACCUGCACCAAUAGUGACGCUACAGGAGCCAAACGACAAGAAAAAUACUACCAAUAGUCGCCCACAUUAUCCUCUAGCCCGCACUGACCACUCUCUGGGCCUUCAUUCCACCUUCAAGGGCCAGAUGUCAACAUUGCAGCUUCCAAGGACGAAGCGUGGAGCCUUCCCGGAGGACCGAGUUGAUGAUAUGGACAAUUUAUGUUACCUCAGGCAUAGAUCCCGUAGUAGUGGGUCAGAGCAGGGUGGGCGGCCCUCCACUCCGCCCACACCAAAGUUGCACCCUCGCUCCAUGUUUAGUUCCCCACACCCCUCGUCUGCCUCAUCUCAUACCCGUUUGACAGGCAUUUCCACUCAUUCCAGGUGUUGAUUAUUCACAUAUGAGCUUCAGUUUUUCGAACUUUGUGCUUUUAAUGAGAAUGAAUUACUUUAUUAAAGUUUUAAUGUGUAUAUGUAUGGAACUGUUGUAUAUAGAUGCUGGUCAAGUCAUCAACAUCUAGUUAGAAUAAAACUUGGUAAAUAUUAUCUAAAGAGAUUAUGGUUACUGUCUCACAGUUGAUCCUUAACAGAUGCACCGGCAUGUGAGUGUAGAUGACUCAUCUUUCACGAAAUUUGAAUAUACCAGUGCCGGAUUAACCAUGAGACAGUUGAGGCACUGGCCACAGGCCCCCCCCGACUCUAAGGGGCCCCCAAAUCCAAACAUUCUCGAAGUUGAAGCAUAUAAAACAUGAACUUCGUUCAACGAUGUCCUAGCAACGUCUCAA